AUGGACGGACACCACAACCCCUCAAAUGACACCACAGGUGCCGGCGAAGGCCCUGCCCCCAAAAAACCCUGUCUUAUCGAGACGCCUAUCGCAGGGACCCCAGACAACGGCAGCGAUUUCUAUAACACUCCGUUGGCUGUAGGAACACCAGACAUGGGUAUAACCAGCCUAAGUGCUGGAAACAGCGCCGAAUCCUCUACUUCUUCGAAGUUAAACCAUAUGAUCCCCGGAUUGAACCUUAUUCACCACCCCUCCGAACAAGAAACCGGCUCGCAUUUGACCGAACACACAAUCAAGCAAGAGCAAGAUCAACCAGAGAACCACCAAGAAGCCGACAAAGAAGCCGAGACAGAAACAAAGCAAGAGGAAAUCCAGCACAUCUCCCAGCCCGAAUCCACCGACGCAGUGAUGAACGAGGAGACAGAGGCGAACCAAAUCAAAAAUGAACGUACUGCUCCUCUCAGCGAAGCUAUGGAUGUCGAGCAAGAUACCCACCAAGACAAUAUGAUCGAAGCCACUGGUCAGGCUGGCGACGCCAAAGAAGGGGAGCACCCUGAGUGGGAGGAUGACUCUUCCCCGUACGAGUCAUCCUCAGACAGCUCUGAUUCCUCGGACUCCGAUGAUAGCGACGAUGAAGACUAUCCCAUCCUCAGCGCCGAGGAGCAAGCACAGAUUCUUAUGCGGGCGGAGGGUGGCUCUGAUGACGAGGGAGACGGCAAGGGGAAACCAGGUGGACAACUGCGAACCACCAACGAGGUCGAACACGAAGUCCUGCCUAUCCCUGACGUUAAGAUCACCCCCGAGAUGAAGAUUGUGUUCCUGGGCAAAAUUCAUGCCGCUAUCGAUAACAAUGUUCUUAUCGAGGCUAAUACCUCUGGAGAAUAUCAGGUACUUGAGUCGGGCUCCCUGCUCUGCUCUGAUGAUCGUCAGAUCAUUGGUGUAGUAGCAGAGACCCUGGGCAGAGUCGAGAAUCCUCUGUAUACCGUUACAUACGCCACAUCCUCCGAAGUUCAGGAAAAGGGCUUAGUCAAGGGCAAGGAUAUCUUCUAUGUUGAGGGACACUCCACCUUUGUGUUCACCCAGCCGCUCAAGGGCAUGAAGGGAAGUGACGCUUCCAACUUCCACGACGAGGAAGUUGCCGCCGAAGAGAUGGAGUUCUCCGACGAUGAAGCAGAGGCUGAAUACAAGCGGAAGCUGAAGCAGAAGCGACUAGAGCGCAAGGAAGCCAGAGAAGGCCCCAAAGGCAAGAAGCCAGCCCCAGGACCUUCAAAAUUGAACCAGAGUGAGCUCAACUACGACGAUGCCGGAGGAGCUGAGGAGGGAUACACCCCUCUUGCACGCCCUACCAACCUCCACGAGAUGAUGAACACCCGAGAGCCACCAGUUGAAGGCAACGAGCGUGGCGGGUUCCGUGGCGGAAGAGGUCGUGGCCGGGGUGACCGUGGACGCGGAGGACGAGGCAGAGGUGGACGCGGAGGAAGGGAGUGGGACCAGGAUCGUCGGCCCCAGCAGGCCAGCGGCCCAACCCACGAGUCCCAGCCUCAGCCUCAAGCCCAGCCCGCUGCUCCCUACGGCCAGCCAAUGUACCAGCAGCCCCAGCAACCCCAGCAACCCCAGCAACCAUACGGAAUGCCCCAGCCCUUCGCUGCAUAUGCGCAAUACGCACAGCAGCAAGGCCAGAACCCGCAACACGCGCAACAGCAGCAGCCGCAAUUCAGCCAAAGUGGAGCGCAGCCACAGAUGCCCUUCCAGUUCUCUCCAUACCCGGCCUUCCAGCAAGCGCAACCCAAUAACUUCCAGAACACCCAACACGGUGCUCCUCAAUUCGAUCCUCAAUCCAUGGCUAUGUUUGAACAACGGCAGCGGCAACAAUUAAUGCAGCUUAUGCAAUACCAGCAGCAUUACCAACAGUCUCAGCAGCAUUACCAACAGCCGCAGCCCCAGCACCAACAGCCCCAGAACCAGCCCCAGCAGCAACACCAUCAGCCUCCCCAGGCCCAAACCCCGGUUAUGAACUUUGACCAAGUUAAAGCUCAGCUGGAUCUGCUGCGAAACCUGAGCGGUGGGAACCAGGGUCCUCCCCCUUCCUGA